GUUAAUCAACAUUUAAUUCAAUUGAAUCUCUCCAAGGGACAAUUUCUUAUGUUGAUACAAUUUGUAUAAUUCCCUACCAGUAAACUGCACACUUAACAGAAUCCAAAGUUGGAAUAUUAAAGAAUGGCUCGGUUGGUAAGUCUGACGACACAGCAGCAAGAUUUUAUAAAGGAGUCAUAUAUAAAGGAGAUCAUGUCACGUGUUAAAUGGCAGCAUCGCUAUGGCCCAGAAAUACAAGUCCAAAAAAAAUCAAAACAAAAACCCAAAACACAGAUUGAUAUAAAGUUGCCGAUAAUAAAAAACUCGAGCAUGAUGACUAGACAGGAACAACAAGAGCUCAAAGACAUUGAUCAAACUGUAAAUGACUUUGAAAGAAGAGCAGACAUGAGGCCAGUCAGUCCCAAGACGCAGAGCUUACUCUACCAAUGCAGAUCCAGAGAUGGAAAAGGAAGAAAUGAAUAUCUACGAGUGAGGAAUCAAAUGAAGCCAGAGGAGAAAUACUUCUACCCUUUAACAAGUAACUGGGCUUAUGGUUGGCAAAUAGGUAACAUUGACAAAAGACAGUCCCCAUUCUUUCGACGCUGUCAUAUUGUGAGUGAUACAUUCUUCCGGAAGAAUGGUGUCCUACUUGAGAUACAUCCAAGAGAUGUUGCCUCCUAACUAUAAACAAAUUAUGCUGAUCUUGAAUAUAUCACGUAUGCUUUCUUAUUGUGUAAUUCACCAAUUUUAGUCAACACUUUCAUAAUAAUGUUAACAUAUAUUCAAGUUUAUCCUAUGCUGUUAAAUUCCAUCAGCCGAAUAUAGCAGUUACUCAAACAUAUUUGAGGACUUUGAGGCAAUUUCAAUUUAGAUUAUAAGCACAAAAAAAUAAUGGGUGGACAGGGUCUCAGUCCAGUGAAAUAUUGGAAUUAUAAACAAAAUAAUGUAUGAAUUAUAUGGUGUUAUGUAAUCUACCUACAAGCAGGGUCGACGAGGGCGCCUUAUGGCGCCAGAGGAGGUGGGCGCAAAAAUCCAAAUCCCCAGGUUCUGGCUGGGGAGUCAAAUUUUUCAAAUCACUGCAGCCUACCUCGCUCUCCCUGAAGCCAGCACACAGCAGAUUGGUAGUAAAAUCAGCCAACUCCUGAUGAUGUCAGAAGGAGGGCAUGACUUUCACUGCUCUUCUCCCAGACUCCCUAGCAGACCUGGGAUA